ACUAAUUUGCCUUGGAAAAAAAAAAAAAAAAAAAAAAGUUUGUGUUCGUACGAAUCGUAAUAUGAAUUGCUUAUACAGACUGAUAUCGAAUGUAAGGCACCCUCUGCAUCGAAUAGGUAUGCCUAUGAAAUAUUUAAGAAGUGCUUAUUCUGAUACUGCGGAAUGUGUCGAAAUUCCAUCCGUUCCAUCUUUUUUAAAAUUGCCACCUAAGUUAAAUGAAAUAAAGCAACAGAAAUACGAUUACUUUUUAGUUUUAGAUUUUGAAGCUACUUGUGACUCCCCUGUGAAUGCAGUACCUCAGGAAAUCAUAGAAUUUCCAGUACUGAAGGUGAAUGCAAAAACCUUUGAAACUGAGUCUGAAUUUCAUUCUUAUGUUCGACCUGUCAUCAAUCCCCAGCUUUCCAAAUUUUGUAUAGAACUAACAGGCAUCACACAAGAAAUUGUAGAUAACAGUCUAGUAUUUGAAGAUGUGUUUCAGGACUAUCAGAACUGGCUUCAUAAAGAAGGUCUUUUGAAACCUGGUGUCAAACUUACAUGUGCUACUUGUGGAGACUGGGACUUAAGAUUUAUGUUGCCAAUGCAAUGCAAAGGACUGCGAUUACCUGUUCCUGAUUUCAUGAAAAGAUGGAUUAAUGUGAAAGUGAGUUUUGCAGAACUUACAGAUACAUAUCCAAGGAAUAUGAUGACUAUGAUAAAAUACUGCCAGCUACAACAUGAGGGGCGAUUACAUUCUGGUAUUGAUGACUGUAGAAAUAUAGCCAGGGUUUUGAAGAAUCUAGCUGAACGUGGCAUGGUUUUUGAGUGUAAUGGCAAAGGCAACGGCAACUGACAUCAAUUUAUUAGCAUGUUAUCUGCAAAGUAAUUGUAAUAUAUGUUAUGUAUAUUAAAUUAUUCUUUAAAAAAUUGG